AUGAAUAACGAUAAUUCUUCUCUACAAAAUUGUGCUGGAAAGUUGAGGCUCUAUCUCUCACUUGGCGCAACACAAGCUCUCUUUGCUGGAUUCGAAGUUUUGAGCCGAGUAGCUCUUGACCAAGGCGUGGGAAAGACGGCGUUCACGGUUCUUGGGGGUGACGAUGAACCAGCUUUGCUACCUGGUCGGCCUGGGUUUGAUGUCGGUCAUGGUUACAUCGGCCAUCCGCAACUGCAUCCCUAUAAUGACUUGUACUCGGCAAUCGUCUCCAACAUUAUGGAGAGCCAUAUACUCCACUUCUUCACUCGCGAGCUCCACUAUAAGAUGGUUUCAUGGCAUCUGGGAGCAAUCUUUCUCCUCCUAUCGGGCCUCUCUUUUGCGCUCUUUCUCAUCCUCCAGGCUCCAGUACUCAAAUCUUUCCCAGCUCCAGUAACUUUCGCUUCCAUGUCGUGCCUCUCGAGUGUGAUCCAGCUCCCGAUUGUUGGAGAGGCGUUUGAGCCACAGUGGAACUUGUGGACGAACAUCAAACUCGGGGAAGCUCUGAGCAUCGUCUACGCAGGAGUAAUUGGAUCGGGGAUUGUAUCAGGGAUUCAAUCGUGGGCAGUGAAAGAAGGAGGCCCGGUGGUAGUGGCAGCGUAUCAACCACUGGAAACUAUUAUCACGGCGUGUCUAAGCUAUUUCUUCUUGAAGGAAAGCUUGCGAUUGGGAACUCUGGUGGGAGGGCUCACGAUUAUCUCCGGCUUAUACUUGCUCAUAUGGGGGCAGAGAAAGGAACGCGAGGCAAAUGAGGAGGUUACGAGGAAAGCCACAGAGAUUACUCUAGUUCUACAGCCUAGUCGGCGAGCUAGCUUUAUCAAACCAGUUCAGGUAUUUAAUGUUGAGCAACGAGGCAUUUAA